GGUCUCAAAAUGGAGGUAAAACCGCCGCCCGGUCGCCCCCAGCCCGACUCCGGCCGUCGCCGCCGCCGCCGGGGGGAGGAGGGCCAUGAUCCAAAGGAACCAGAGCAGUUGAGAAAACUGUUUAUCGGAGGUUUGAGUUUUGAAACUACAGAUGAUAGUUUGAGAGAACAUUUUGAGAAAUGGGGCACACUUACAGAUUGUGUGGUGAUGAGAGACCCCCAGACAAAACGCUCCAGAGGCUUUGGUUUUGUGACUUACUCAUGUGUUGAAGAGGUGGAUGCAGCAAUGUGUGCUCGACCACAUAAGGUUGAUGGACGAGUAGUGGAACCAAAGAGAGCUGUUUCUAGAGAGGAUUCUGUAAAGCCUGGUGCCCAUCUAACAGUGAAGAAAAUUUUUGUUGGUGGUAUUAAAGAUACAGAGGAAUAUAACUUGAGAGACUACUUUGAAAAGUAUGGCAAAAUUGAAACCAUAGAAGUUAUGGAAGACAGGCAGAGUGGAAAAAAGAGAGGAUUUGCUUUUGUAACUUUUGAUGAUCAUGAUACAGUUGAUAAAAUUGUUGUUCAGAAAUACCACACUAUUAAUGGGCACAAUUGUGAAGUAAAAAAGGCCCUUUCUAAACAAGAAAUGCAGUCUGCUGGAUCUCAAAGAGGUCGUGGAGGUGGCUCUGGCAACUUUAUGGGUCGUGGAGGCAAUUUUGGAGGUGGUGGAGGAAACUUUGGCCGUGGUGGAAACUUUGGUGGAAGAGGAGGCUAUGGUGGUGGAGGUGGUGGCAGCAGAGGUAGUUAUGGAGGUGGUGAUGGUGGAUAUAAUGGAUUUGGUGGUGAUGGUGGCAACUAUGGCGGAGGUCCUGGUUAUAGUAGUAGAGGAGGCUAUGGUGGUGGAGGACCAGGAUACGGAAACCAAGGAGGUGGAUAUGGUGGAGGUGGUGGAGGAUAUGAUGGUUACAAUGAAGGAGGAAAUUUUGGUGGUGGUAACUAUGGUGGCGGCGGCAACUAUAAUGAUUUUGGAAAUUACAGUGGACAACAGCAAUCAAAUUAUGGACCCAUGAAAGGGGGCAGUUUUGGUGGCAGAAGCUCGGGCAGUCCAUAUGGUGGUGGUUAUGGAUCUGGUGGUGGAAGUGGUGGCUAUGGUAGCAGAAGGUUCUAAACUCAACAGCAAAGGGCUACAGUUCUUAGCAGGAGAGAGAGCGAGGAGUUGUCAGGAAAGCUGCAGGUUACUUUGAGACAGUCGUCCCAAAUCCAUUAGAGGAACUGUAAAAAUCUGCCACAGAAGGAGCGAUGAUCCAUAGUCAGAAAAGUUACUGCAGCUUAAACAGGAAACCCUUCUUGUUCAGGACUGUCAUAGCCACAGUUUGCAAAAGUGCAGCUAUUGAUUAAUGCAAUGUAGUGUCAAUUAGAUGUACAUUCCUGAGGUCUUUUAUCUGUUGUAGCUUUGUCUUUUUCUUUUUCUUUUCAUUACAUCAGGUAUAUUGCCCUGUAAAUUGUGGUAGUGGUACCAGGAAUAAAAAAUUAAGAAAUUUUUAACUUUUCAAUAUUUGUGUAGUUCAGUUUUUCUACAUUUUAGUACAGAAACUUUAACAAAAUGCAGUUUUGGAGGUGUUUCCUUGUAAGUUAACAAGUAAAGAUCAUUGUUAAUUAAUAUUUUGUAUGAAUUUUGCUAAAGUUAACUGUAAAGAAACACCUGCUGACUUGCAGUUUAAGGGGAUUCUAUUCUCCCAUUUCCAAACAAUGAAAUGAAUGGGCGCUGACAUGUGGAGAGAAUAGAUAUUUGUAUGUUUGCAAAUGUGUGUUUUAGAUAAAUAGAAUUGGGUAUAUAAAUUAGCAUAUUUGUGAAUUUAAUAGCAUUAAUAUUUUACUUCAAAUGAAAAAAAUCUCA